AUGCCCUACAUCCUCAUAGUCGGAGCAUCGCGAGGCCUAGGAGCCGAACUAGCCAAACAGUACGCCUCAAACAACACCGUAUUCGCGACCAGUCGCUCGGACAAGGCCCCAGAAUCAUUCAAGAAUAUUGAAUACAUCCCCGACAUCGACGUCGCCAAGGAAGAUGCAGGCGAGAAACUCGCAUCCCAUAUCGGCAAGAAGACUCUCGACACCGUCAUAAUAACAGCCGGCUACUUCGCAACCGAGUCCUUCGACUCACCUUCAUGGGACAACCAAGUCAAAAUGUACACCACCAGCUCCAUCGGUCCUGUAUUCAUUGUGCACUACCUCGUCAAAGCUGGCCUGCUCGCCAAGGGGAGCAAGAUUAUACUUGUCAGCAGCGAGAGCGGCAGUAUCACGUUGAGGCAUGAGAGCGAGGGAGGAGGGAAUUACGGACAUCAUGCCAGCAAGAGUGCGUUGAACAUGGUUGGGAAGCUAUUGAGUCUGGAUCUGAAGGAGAAGGGCGUAGCGGUGGGGAUUGUGCAUCCGGGGUUCAUGAGGACGGAGAUGACGAGAGGUGUUGGGUUUGAUAAGUUCUGGGAUGAUGGCGGCGCUGUCACGCCAGACGAAGCCGCUAAGUCCCUGAUUAAGUUCAUCGAGACAUUCGACAUAGAGAAAACAGGUGAAUAUUGGGCGCCCCGCGGACCACGGGAUAUCGGGACUUCGGAAGCUGUACUAGGCAAGGAUCUGAGCACGCCUCUACAAUUACCUUGUCUUCUAGCUUCCUCGUCCACAAAGAAUCUCUCAACAAAUUCACCAAAGCUCCGCCUUAAUUCGGAGCCCAACUCAGCAAGCGCCUCGGAACAAGCGCUCCAGCUAAGUCGCGGACCUUCAGCCGGUAACAGUCAGCAGUCAAGCUACAACAUGGACGACCCAUCUUCGAUCGGGAGCUUUACCCGCAUUCCCACAGAAGUGAGGAUGAUCAUCUAUCGCCUUGUACUCCCCGAACAAUGCCGUGGCAUUCUGCCAAUCUCUACGAUGUUACAUCAGAGCUACGAAGUCGGUCAACUCGUCUACCAAAACGCUGCCAUCUUUCAGACUUCGAAAGCAAUCAGUCGGGAGGCAAUGGACGUGCUCUACUCAGAAACCCUGUUCAACAUUAAUCUCUGGAAGUUCAGCCCACGGCUAAAUAAGAAGCAUCAUCUUACUCAUCCAGGGCUGCCCCUCAUUCAGAAUGUGCGUUUCCGGAUGGAUACGAUGAUGUACGAUCAUAUCUACGAGGACGAUACUGAAUACGAAGCGUCAGUCUGA